GGUCCAAUCCGCAUCAAGAAAGGAACAACGCCGAGCCUUGAAACCUUUCUCCCACCUGAUAUUCCUGCUACAUGGGGAGCGAUGGAGAAGCUAUAUGACUCUGGCAAGGCUCGAGCAAUUGGUGUGAGUAACUUUUCUAGCAAGAAGAUGGAGGAUUUGCUUGCCGUCGCACGCGUGCCUCCAGCAGUCAACCAGGUUGAGUGCCAUCUGAUUUGGCAGCAAGACAAGCUCCGUAAACUAUGCCAUUCGAGGGGUGUUCAUCUUUCUGCAUAUUCGCCAUUAGGUUCACCUGGAACACCUCUACCUGGGAUCAUGGGGGCUAGUGUCCUUAGCAACCCUGUUGUCAUCUCUGUUGCCGAGAAGUUGCAGAAAACGCCUGAGCAGGUCGCCUUGCGCUGGAGUCUUCAAAUGGGUCAGAGUGUACUUCCAAAAAGCACCAAUGAAGCAAGGAUUAAGGAGAACUUUGACAUAUUUGAUUGGUCCAUUCCCAAAGAUUUGAUGGCGGAGCUCUCCGGUAUCAAGCAGGAAAGGUUGCUGAAAGCAGAAUUCGCAGUUCACCCGCUAAGCAUUUACAAAACCUUGGAGGACCUUUGGGAUGGCGAAAUUUAAAGCACAUAAACUUCUCUGGAGUGAACAACGCACUGCAUAUCCGCAGUAUACCUUGUGUGUUAAAUAAAGUUAAUUCUUUGCCUUGGCACGCUCAACAAGGAUUGCAAGAAUAUCCGCCACAGUAUUAUGCAAAAUGUCUACCUGUCGGAGGCCCUUCUUUGUCUAGAAGUAGUAAUCAAUGUCAUCAUUGACCUUGAUGGCUACACUACCCCUUACCUUUAGGAGAGAAACCCCUCACUAUGAGCGCUUGUUAAACAAAAAGGCCACUUAGCUCUGUCAUAUACCUUUUCAAAAUUGACCUUGAAUAUGAAGUAAAAUGUACUGGUGAUCACUGUAUUUGUCUCAGCAGGUUUUACUUUGGUAACUGUACUA